CCUUUCUCUCUCUCGCUCUCUCUCUCUCUUUCUCAGUCGGUGGCGCUUUGCCUUUGCCGACUAUACAAUCCAACAUGGAGUGAACGCGGAGCGGCGAUGGGGCUCGCGCGGGGCCGUCCUCACCGAGAGCAGCUCGCGACUGCAGCCGCGUCGUUGUCGCCGCGCGCGCGCUCAUCUCACACCGAAGACUCCGACGUCCACGAGACCAUCGGGCUGGAUUAUACGGUGUCGCGCGCUGGUUAAAGUGCAAGACAAAAAACAAACAAACAAGAGCGGGGCUGGAAAUCGCCGCUGUUCCAUAUAGCUAGAAGAAAGAAAACUGGGGGGGGGAACCACACACACACCGAGAGACGGGAUCGGUGGGAGACAAAAUGGAGCCUGGACGCUGGUGCGCGCGCGCUCUGGGAUGUUAUUAUUGUAGGUGAAACGAGGGAGAUAAAAUGACCGAGGAAUCGCAGCCAGACGAUGACGACUACCUGGUGCGUGUGAAAGCAGUGGUGAUGACGAGGGACGACUCGAGUGGCGGUUGGCUGGCUCAGGAUGGGGGCGGGCUCAGCCGGGUGGGCGUGUGUAAGGUGGUGCCGGCCGAUCUGGACCUCCUUGGCCGUAACGGGUUUCUCAUCUACGGCGAGAGACUCCGAGACAAACAGGUGAUCCUCAAGUGCUUCCUGAAGAAGGACCUGAUCUACACUAAAGCCACUCCCACCUUCCAUCACUGGAGAGUGGACAACAAGAAGUGCGGCCUGACGUUCCAGAGUCCAGCGGACGCUCGCGCCUUCGACCGCGGCGUCCGGAAGGCCAUUGAGGACCUGACCGAUGGUUCCACCACGUCCUCGUCUACGCUACAGAACGAGACGGAGCUCGGAGACGAUGAUGUCUUCACGACUGCCACAGACAGCUCGUCUAACUCGUCACAGAAGAGAGAGCCGUCGCUCCAGACACUCGCCCCCAUCGGCUUCUGUGAAUCCCGUCACCACCAGUGCAUUCUGGGACAUCUCUACAACCAGCACAGGCACGCUGACCAUUACUUCCUGGACCAGGCGGUGCCGAUGUUCCCCCACGUUCCUGUGAACUUCCCGGAGGAAGAAGAAGAGCUCGUGCGCAUUAACCCGCGUGAGCGCGCCUGGCUAACGGGCUACGAGGACUACCGUCACGCCACCACAGGCGCCCACAAACUCCUGCGCCCGGAACCUACGGACGCUUACGUCUCCUUCGCCAAGAGCGAAGCGCCCAAACAUGACUACACGUACCCGUACCCGCACCGGCUCUCCGGAGACGACGGGAAAUCGGGCAUCAGCGGCGGCGUGGUGUCGUGUCAGCCGCGGACCCCGUGGCGCACGGAGGACGAGCGCGUGCGCUGCGUGUACUGCCGGGACGUGUUCAGCCCGGCGCAGAACCGGCGAGGGCAGUGCCAGGAAGCGCCCGACCCGGUGGUGGCGCUCAUACGGCGCGUGAGCUUCAUGUGGUGCGCUGACAGCCUGCUGUACCACUGCAUGGCCGACGCCGAGGGCGAGUACUCGGAGCCUUGCUCCUGCGACCCCAGUGACGGGCGUCUCGUCCUGCGCUGGCUCGCGCUGCUCGGCCUGUCGCUCAUCGCGCCCUGCAUGUGCUGCUACGCACCGCUGCGUGCCUGCCAUCGCUGUGCCGUCGCGUGCCACUGCUGCGGCGCCCGACACAAAGCCGCCGGCUGACGCGGACGAGGCGAGACGACACGGUGACGGAGACGAACCCGAACAAAUGUCAGACGGCGACUUUUUUGUUGUUGUUGUUUGUUUGUUUCCUCCGGACACUUCCUGAUGUGUUGAUCGGUUAUUUUUGGUGCCAUUCAGCUUCUAUGCCAUUAACAGUAAAUUCAUUUAUAUAGUCAUUUAUAUAUAAUAAAGUGUAUAUAUACAACUGGCUAACGGGCUACAUAUAAAUCUAUACAGAUAAAUAUAUAUAAAUAUAUAUAAAUCCAGGAACUUUUACGUUUUUACAAUAUUCUGGAAAUGUUUCUUUGUUGUUUUUUUUUAAAGUUUACUUUCGGUUCUGUCGCCGUGGCCGGUCAGCCCGGGGGUGACGUCACUCUCCCGUCUGAGGCGCUAAACUCAUACGUGGACGGCGGGCGACCCCCGACACGUGUGUUUGUGAUAAAAUGGAGACAAAAGCGUGGAAAUUAUUUUUUUGCUGAAGCCAAAACGAUAUAAGCUGCCGAGCGUGUGUACGGGCCGAACGAGCCACAGUGAAGUACAACUGUGAUAGACAAGUGUGUGUGUGUGUGUGUGUGAAACCUCUCUGGGUCUGGAUUUCUCUAUGAAUAGGUCUUCAACUGUCGUGAUGAUGAUGAUGUUGAUAAAAACUAAAGACAAUCUUCUUUAUCAGACGCUUUACUUUGCAGUUUGUUUUUCCGGAUUUUUCUUUACCGACAAACACGACGAUUCCCGAACAUUCCUGUAACGUUUGGAUAAAACGGCGUAGUCACGGUGAACAAUCAUCUUCUGAUGCAAAAUAUCCUCAUAGCUUUGCUUCCGUUACCUGUAACUUUUAAGCUUAAAUAUAAUCUAAUAUAUAAUUUAUAUAUAAUAUAAAAACCCAGAGAAAGCAGAUGUUGUGACCUGGUUGCGCCACAUGACUGCAUUGUGUAGUGGUGGCAAACUUGUGAAGAAACAGAACCAGAACCAAACGUCCAGGGGGCGGAGUCGGACCCGAUACGACACCGGGUCCGACACCGCGUCCGACUCCGGCCCCAGCGCCUCUAUUGGUUUACUAGCCUCCCUUUAACGUCAUUAACCCUUAAAUAUUCAUCUUAAAGACAUUCUCGUAAAAUUUCCUCCGAAAUUCUUUUUAUUCUCACGUGAACCUGAACGUCGCAGUGCUCCACUUUGGCGCUGGUUCCGGGUUCGCCUUCGUUUUAAUCCCGGGGGGGAAACCGGUAACCUGCGCAAGACGCCAUUCCCUUCUGUUCAGCGAUGCCGUCUUUCCAGCGAAACCGAUUCAUGCAGAAAUCCAAAAAAAUACCCUCGAAGAGGUUCCGAGUCUCAUCUGUAACUGCUCUACUGAAUGUCCAGUUAACACGCAGCCAACACCGCUGUCCAACUGUAUUGUAAACAUCAGUGUGUGUGUGUGUGUGUGUGUGUGUGUGUGUGAAUGUACGAUGCCGUAUUUACACUGUGUAUAUUUGAAAUCGAGAACCAGCCUCAAAAAUCAAUGUAAUUAUCUACAAGACGAAUAAAAAGCUGUCUUUUUUUA